AUGUCGAAUUUAUUUGAUUUCGAUUCUCGUGAAGACGACGGGGAAGAAAGUGAUUUUGGUCCAUUUGAAACUAGUAGUGACGACGAAGAAUAUUUACCAGAACCGGGUGAAAAUGAUGAAAGUAGUGAAUACGAGUCAGACGACGAUGUUGUAGAUAAUGAACCACAGCAACAUGAAACUACUUGUUCUGAACCGAAGGAGUUUGUGUUAUCGAAAGAUGGAAAAUAUUGUUAUUUCGAGCCGCCGCCACAAUUGCCGAAUAGAUCUAAUGCUUCAUUUGCUCUACAUGAACACCUGACAAUAGUUGAAAUGACAAAUUUAUAUGGAUCUCGAAAAUACAAGGAACUUUGGUUACCAGUUGAUAUUGCUUCUUUGCGCGCCUAUUAUGGUUUGCUAAUAUUAGCUGGCGUGUACAGAUCGCAUGGGCAAUGUAUAAAUGAAUUGUGGGAUGACCAAACAGGACCACCAAUCUUCCGCGCCACAAUGACUUUGAAAAAAUUCAAACUAAUAAAUGAAUGCAUUCGUUUCGAUGACAAAGAACAGAGAAAGGGAAUUCGAUCAAGAGAUAAAUUGGCACCAAUACGAAACGUUUACGACAAAUGGGUGAAUCGAUUGAAAAUGUGUUACACUGUUGGAAAAAACGUUACAGUAGAUGAACAACUUGUACCAUUUCGCGGUCGCUGCCCAUUUACACAAUAUAUACCAUCAAAACCGCAUAAAUACGGUAUCAAAAUAUGGUGUUUGUGCGAUGCAAGUACAUAUUAUGCUUGGAAUCUUGAAGUACUCGUAUAUACGGGUCGCGAUCGAAAUUGUAAAGCAGAAGUAAAUCAAGACCAAAGAAUUGUUCUGACUCUAAGCAAUCAACUGAGUUGUCGUAACAUCACAACAGAUAAUUUUUUUACUUCACGGCAGUUGGCCCUAGAAUUGAAAAAGAAACAAAACAACACAUUGGUCUCUUACGUACCAAAAAAGAAUCGUUUUGUCACUCUAUUUAGUACACUUCAUGACCAGAAAAGUGUGGCUAACGACGAACAAAAAAAGCCGGAAAUUAUUCGAUUCUAUAAUGCGACGAAAGGUGGUGUUGAUUCUCUAGAUAAACUCGUAGGCACUUAUCGCUGCAAACGCAAGGUGAAUCGUUGGCCAUUAGCCCUUUUCUGUAACAUCCUUGAUACUUCAGCAUACAACAGUUUCGUAAUAUUUAUUCAUCUCAACGCAGAUUGGAAAUAUGAGAAAAAAAAGUAUCGCCGUCGCUUGUACUUAGUGGAGCUCGGAAAGCAAUUAGUUACACCAUAUAUUGCGAACAGAAAAACUCGUCCUCGAACACCAAAUGCAAAUGCUGUUAUAGAUGAAAUUCAGAAUAUUUCAUCAAGAUCAUCAUCACCAACGACAUCAAUAUCAGCAGCGCCAACAUCAACGACAAACGCAUCGCGAAAAUCGAAUUUACCAAAUUCUCAAAAACUCACGCAUGCUCCGUCAGCAGGAAAACGAAGUCGUUGUGCACAUUUCGAAUAUAAAAACAACAAAAAUUUAUACAGCAAUCGCUGUGAUAAGUGUAUAACUUAUGUUUGCAAUGCACAUCAUUUCAAACUAUGCACAAACUGCAUUGAUAAACUAUAA